GAAGGAGCGCAGCGGCGGCCUCGGCGGCGGCGGCGGCGGCAACCAGGCAGUCGCGGCCGCUCCUGCUGACUGGAAACCGCGGCGACAGAAGAGCCAGAGCCUGCCUCGCGAGCCGGCGAGUCGAGUGGCGAGUAGUCGCCAUGGUUAGAUAUUAGCAAGCACAUAGGUGUACGUCUGCGUUGGAAAAUGGCAGAGGGAACCAACAGUGAAGAGGUGAUUCACUUAAACAACUUCCACUGCCACCGGGGACAAGACUGGAUCAAUCUCAGAGAUGGACCCAUCACCAUAUCUGACUCCUCUGAUGAGGAAGGGGUUCCAAUGCUGGUCACCCCAGCUCCUCAGCAACAUGAUGAAGAGGACCUGGAUGAUGAUGUCAUCCUGGCGGAAACAUACAAACCUCAGACAUCACGACCCAAUCUCAUCAAACCAGCUGCCCAAUGGCAAGAUCUCAAAAGAUUGGGAGAAGAAAGGCCUAAAAACUCUAGAGCAGCCUUUGAAUCAGAUACGAAUGGCUAUUUUCCCGUGUAUAACAGCUCAUUGUUUGGUUCUGGGACACAGGAUGAUUCUGAGGAUGACUACGGUGAAUUUCUAGAUCUUGGGCCUCCUGGAGUUUCUGGAUUCAUGAAGCCAAGUGGCCAAACAGAAAGAGAACCUAAGCCUGGACCAAGUCACAACCAAGCAACCAAUGACCUCAUCAACCCCAGAUCAGAGCAGAAAGUCAUUAUCUUAAAAGAAGGUCAUCUUUUUCCAGAAGCUGAUCCUUUGGACACUCAGAACCAGUCAUCUGAAGAGUCAGAGACAGAGCUUUUAUCCAACCUCGGAGAAUCAUCUGAUAUCCUCGAUGACCAGGCCAUUGAAGAAGACUGCUGGUUAGACCACCCUUACUUCCAGUCUCUGAACCAGCAGCCCCGUGAGGUACCAAGCCAGGUUGUACCUCAGGAGCGGCGUCCAGAAGCAGAGCUGGGCCCACUGCUAUAUCAGCAUGAGCCCCGGGGAUCAGCUUUUCCAAGACCGGCGUUUGCGAGACCAGAGCCCCAGCAGGAUUGGAUUCCAGACCCUGCUUCUCCUCGGCCUGCCCAUCCUCUGGGAGAGCUUGAAGACCAGCAACUAGGAAUAGAUGAAGAAGAGCCAGGCCCAGCAUUUCCACUAGAAGAAACUCAGGAGCCCAAUUUGGAAAACCUUUGGGGGCAAGAAGCUUCUGACGUAGACCAGGAACUCAUUGCACUGUUGGUGAAAGAGACAGAAGUAAGAUUUCCUGAUGUAGCAAAUGGGUAUGUUGAGGAAAUAAUUCAUUUGAAGAAUUACUAUGAUUUGAAUGUACUUUGUAAUUUUCUUCUGGAAAAUCCAGAUUAUCCAAAGAGAGAAGACAGAAUCCUUAUGAAUCCCAACAGCAGCCUGCUUGCCAGCCAAGAUGAGAUGAAGUUGCCUACAGUAGACUUUUUUGACUAUUCUAAAUUGGCUCCUCUUGACCAGCGCUGCUUCAUCCAAGCUGCCGACCUCCUGAUGGCCGACUUCAAAAUGCUUAGCAGUCAGGACAUCAAGUGGGCCCUGCACGAGCUCAAAGGACACUAUGCAAUCACCCGAAAGGCCUUUUCUGACGCCAUUAAAAAAUGGCAGGAGCUAUCGCCAGAAACCAGUGGAAAAAGAAAAAAGAGAAAAGAAAUGAAUCAGUAUUCUUACAUAGAUUUCAAAUUUGAACAAGGUGACAAAAAAAUAGAGAAGAGGAUGUUCUUUCUGGAAAAUAAGCGGCGACAUUGUAGGUCCUAUGACCGGCGUGCCCUCCUUCCAGCUGUGCAGCAGGAGCAGGAGUUCUACGAGCAGAAAAUCAAAGAGAUGGCAGAGCAUGAAGACUUUUUGCUUGCCCUGCAGAUGAAUGAAGAACAGUAUCAAAAGGAUGGCCAGCUGAUUGAGUGCCGCUGCUGCUACGGGGAGUUCCCAUUCGAGGAGCUGACGCAGUGUGCUGAUGCUCACUUAUUCUGCAAAGAGUGUCUCAUCAGAUACGCCCAAGAGGCAGUCUUUGGAUCUGGAAAGUCAGAGCUCAGCUGCAUGGAGGGCAGCUGCACGUGCUCAUUCCCAGCCAGUGAACUGGAGAAGGUGCUUCCCCAGACCAUCCUGUAUAAAUACUAUGAGCGAAAAGCAGAGGAAGAAGUUGCAGCAGCCUACGCUGAUGAGCUUGUCAGGUGCCCCUCCUGCAGCUUUCCUGCUCUGUUGGACAGUGACGUGAAGAGGUUCAGUUGUCCGAAUCCUCGCUGUCGAAAGGAAACCUGUAGGAAGUGUCAAGGACUCUGGAAAGAGCAUAACGGCCUCACUUGUGAGGAGCUGGCUGAAAAAGAUGACAUCAAGUACCGAACGUCUAUUGAAGAAAAAAUGACUGCUGCCCGCAUUAGGAAAUGCCACAAGUGUGGGACCGGCCUCAUCAAAUCCGAAGGCUGCAACCGCAUGUCCUGCCGCUGCGGUGCCCAGAUGUGCUACCUCUGCCGCGUGUCCAUCAGUGGCUACGACCACUUCUGCCAGCACCCUCGCUCCCCAGGAGCCCCCUGCCAGGAGUGUUCCCGAUGCUCUCUCUGGACCGACCCCACUGAAGAUGACGAGAAGCUAAUUGAGGAAAUCCAGAAGGAGGCUGAAGAGGAACAGAAAAGAAAGAAUGGAGAGAACACCUUCAAACGCAUCGGGCCCCCCUUGGAGAAGCCCCCCGAGAAAGUGCAGAGGACCGAGGCCCUGCCAAGGCCCGUGCCCCAGAACCUGCACCAGCCGCAGAUACCCCCCUACGCCUUCGUGCAUCCGCCCUUCCCCCUGCCGCCCGUCCGGCCCGUGUUCAACAACUUCCCCCUCAACAUGGGCCCCAUCCCGGCACCCUACGUGCCACCCCUGCCCAAUAUGCGCAUCAACUACGAAUUUGCCCCCGUCCACGUGCCCCUGGAGCACAACCUGCCCAUGCACUUUGGCCCCCAGCCUCGGCAUCGCUUCUGAUGCCUGGCCCCUGCCCCCGCCCAGGCCGUUGGCUGUGCCGGGCCUGCCAGGUAGGGGUGGUGGACUUGGCUCUCGGGAGGGUGGGCAGAGUUUCUUCUGGGAAGGGCCACCGCUCCUUCAAGAGCAACCAGCCGGUUUUGGUACCCUGUGGGUGCCCAUGAGGAUUGGUCUGGCACUCGCUGGGCAGAAAUUAGGGGCAGCGAAGCCCUCUUCCUAAAGAGUCCUGCCACUCAUAUCCCUGCAGGAGUAGAUGCAGGGAAAUGUUUGCCUCCAGCCCCAGCCCCUGGCAGACAACAGAAGUCUCUCAGUUAAAAACCAUGUAAGCCUUCCUCGCCGCAGCAGCAUGACCCAUAAUAAAGUGAAGUAACAGCGCAGUUCGGAGAGCCGCGAGACUGGACCCAGGUCCGGCAGGCCUGAUUCUCCUGUCCCCCCACUCUGAGGCCCGCCCAGCGUGAAGUGCGCCCCGCCACCCUGACCAGUUGCUCCCAGUGAGGGGGUGACUGAGUAAUGUUCACAAGCCUGGGAGCACUGCUUGGGGGAAAGCUGUGGACUGUGUCCCCCAGGCCCCCGCUGCCACGGGGCUUCCAGGGUCUCCCCUCUUGGCUCUCGGAUGAGACCACGGAGCCACUUCAUGGAAUGGGAUGUUUGUGGUUUAUCUGAAGAAACGUUUGCUGUUCACUCAGUUUUCACUUUUCCAGUUUUCUGUGGCCUACUAGAGUUUCCCUCAAUCCCUAUUACCUACCCCAUGCCUGGCAGCUGACGGUGGGGAUCCCGAAAUCUUCGCCAAAUACAAGGCCUUUCUGAGCUAGCUGUGACACCCUGGUGGCUCUCCUCGUGUUUGCCACCCCCAGGUUCUCCCCGAAGGCAUGGCAGGGGCGCUGGCUGUCCCCAGGGCCAGGAGACCUGUCCUGAAGUCAGGACUUGUUUGGGAGCCCCCGCCACACCGCCCGUGGCCUUUGGCUGUCCAGCCCCAGCCGGGUGUCAGCCGCACCCCAGCACGCACUUUGCAGCAUGUCACCACACUCCAGCACGCCUGCAGAGCCACAGCCCCUGUGGGGAUGAACCUGCCUGGCCCGCCCAGUGUUAGCCUCCGUUCUCUGGGUGACACUCCGAUGGCUGUGGGUUCCCGGAGCUCACGCACAGAGACCUUGGUGCAGGGGACAUGCUCCAUGUCUGGGCGCCCUCUGCUAUCAGCCUCAGCUGAUUUUCAGAGAUUAAGCUGGAGAGGAGAGGAGGCUGAGUUGCCCAUCCUUGCUGUUUUCUCCGGGUCUGGAUCUGAGCGGGAUGGGUGCCUGAAGAGAGGCCAAACCAGCCCUCUGCUGCCAGGAGGCCCUCCCUGCCCAACCCCACCCCGCCACCACCCCUUGGGUGCAGCCACAGGGUUUCUUCCCCUGCCUGGAAGGCACGUUCCCCCACCUCCGCCCCUGCUCCCCACAGGAGGGCUCUGAGCCAUGAGCUGCCCAUAGGUGUCCCCAGGUGCUGUCUGCCUGUUCAGCUGGUGACGGUCUCACCCCAGCCCACCAGAAGCUUCUAGAUCUCUGACCCAAUUCAUCAUCCAACAAGGGAGCCAGCUUCCACCUUGGCCCUGCGUCCCAGGGUAUGUGGCUCCAUGGAGGGCCUGGGGCAGUGGCAAGGACAGACCUCAGGCAGUUGUGUGCCCGACACUGGCCCGGCGACUGCCCUAGGACCUGGCAUGUAGAGGUCACCCGGCACAGGGAGACGGAAUGAUGGUUCCCUCAAGGCCAACCCUAAGGCUCGUCUUUUGAGACGAGUUCUGGCGGUUCUUAGCCACACAGGGCAGCUAGGGAAUCACUCCUUUCUCUCUGAGCCAAGGGCGCCCAGUUUCCAGUGCUCCUCCAGCCGGGGUGUGGAGUGGCUGGCAGGUCAGCGGCCACAGCGCCUCCACCAAGCGUAAGUCCCGGCAUGUCUGUGAAAUGAGCCUGUGUGUGUCCCCAUGUCCCGGAGGCAGCACCUGGGUCUCAGUCUCCUGGAGAAGUGGUCUGUCCUGGUGAUGGGGUAGGGGGAGAGAUGGGACAUCCUCAUCUGACAAGACGGUGGCCUCAAGACACUAACACCAGGACACCUGCAGAGAUGAGCCCCUGUCUGUGGACAGCAGUCCCGGAGGCAGCCGGCACCUUCCCCUCUGGGCUUGCUCCCCGGAGCAAAAGACUGCCCAGUGGCAGUCCUGUUCUUGCCUUAAAACUGGAGAGAGGAAUCUAGUAUUUGCACUUAGCGAAAGGUUUUAAAACAAGUGUGCACGACUAGUCACGUUGUAUAAAAACAGCAAAAAUGAUUAGUUUAUUACAUUUUUUUU